AUGAAGUACGCCUAUGUUCUCACGGCUAUUGCCGCCAUUGCUUCCAAGGUCGCCGCUGUCGGUGUCUCUGGCACCCCUGAGGGUUUCGCUUCUUCCGCCACUGGUGGCGGUAAUGCCACCCCUGUCUACCCUACCUCCACCGAUGAGCUGGUCUCUUACCUCGGUGAUGACGAGGCCCGUGUGAUUGUUCUGAGCAAGACUUUCGACUUCACCGACACCGAGGGCAGCACCACCGGCACCGGUUGCACUCCCUGGGGUACUGCCUCCAACUGCCAGGUUGCCAUCAACAAGGACGACUGGUGCACCAACUACCAGCCCGAUGCCGCUACCACUUCCGUCACCUACAACAACGCUGGUAUGCUCGGUAUCACCGUUGGCUCCAACAAGUCCUUGAUUGGUGAGGGCACCAGCGGUGUUAUUAAGGGCCGUGGUCUGCGCAUUGUCAACGGUGUCAAGAAUGUCAUCGUCCAGAACAUCGCUGUCACAGACAUCAACCCCCAGUACGUCUGGGGCGGUGACGCGAUCACCAUCAACCAAGCUGACCUGGUCUGGCUCGACCACAUUACCACUGCUCGCAUUGGUCGUCAGCAUUACGUCCUGGGCACUGAAGCUGACAACCGUGUCUCUAUCACCAACAACUACAUCGACGGUGAAUCCGACUGGUCUGCCACCUGCGACGGCCACCACUACUGGAACGUGUACCUCGAUGGUUCCAGCGACAAGGUCACAUUCAAGGGCAACUACCUUUACAAGACAAGUGGUCGCGCCCCCAAGGUCCAGGGCAACACCUACCUUCACGCUGUCAACAACUACUGGGACGACAACUCCGGCCACGCCUUUGAGAUUGGCUCUGGUGGCUACGUUCUUGCGGAGGGUAACUACUUCGCUAACGUCGACACUGUUAUGGAGGAAUCCUCCUUCCAGGGUGCCCUCUUCUCCUCCGACAGCGCCUCCGCCACCUGCGAGUCCUACAUCGGUCGCUCCUGCGUCGCCAACGCUAACGGUGGCACUCUCGCUGGCACCUCCACUGAUGUUCUGUCGAACCUGAAGGGCGAGACUCUUGCCGAAGCCGCUGGUGCUAGCACCGACCCUGCUGGCAGCGCCGGCCAGGGUAACCUGUAA